UAAAUAAUGUGAGUUUAAAUAAUUUAUUUUCUUUCAAGUUUUUGCGGGGAUCAAUACAUAAAUAAGACACUAAAAAUUAUCAAAGAGUUUGGAAAAAUGAUGACAGAGAAGAAUCUCAGAAUCGGUCUUCACCGUUAGAUUGUUUAUAUAUAAAACGUGCCACCCAAAAAGAAUAAAGUGUCAAGAAACCAGCAUUAAUUACACCGAGUUUGAUCAUGAUAUCAUCAUAAAUCAAUUAAUCCCCCAAAAAAACCAAAGAGAAAAAAGAAAUCUUUUUCUAAUUCCCACCAGAAAUCCUGCCUGCAAAUUUAAGUAAAUCUCCCAGAAGAAAUCUGUUUUCUCGGCAGGAAGUCUCUGUUUUAUUGUAUCAUGGUGAUUUGGUCCAAGUAGUUGCUGUCAAACUUUGCGGUGAAAUAUAUUGGGGGGAGGACUGUUGGAUCAUAUAAUUUUGUGACAGUUCAAAAUCUUUUUUUUUUCUUUUUUUCUUUUUUCUGAUUUUAGAUGAAAGGUUUUGUGGCGGGUCAAAGAUGCUCAGAGAGAUCAGGAGAAGAGAAUAUCAGAGAAGUUACAGGAGGAAGAAGGGAAGACUAGAUGAAUCAAGACCAUGGAUGAAGUACCUGGCUCUGUUGGAACCAGUGCCAGCUUCUCUUUGAGAUUGGGACAAACUGUCUUUGCCUCUGCUUCUCUUCUCUUCAUGUCUUUGGGUGUUCAGUUCUAUAGCUACACUGCCUUCUGCUACUUGGUAACAAUAAUGGGUUUGGUGAUCCCAUGGAGUCUCACAUUGGCACUGGUUGACGGCUACUCUAUUAUAGUCAAGUGCCCUGUUAGACAACGAAGCAUACUUCUGAUAAUUGUGAUCGGAGACUGGGUCUUAUCAACUCUUACAUUAGCAGCAGCCUGCUCGUCAGCCAGCGUUGUCAAUCUCCUCCUCCACACAGACCACACCGAUGCCUCAUACUGUCCUCCGACAUUUUGCAGCAGGUAUCAACUAUCAGCUGCAAUGGCUUUCUUGACUUGGUUUCUGUCCAUGGCUUCAUCUCUUUUCAAUCUCUGGUUACUCCCCUCCUUGUGAUGUUUUAGAGUGUUUUUGGAGUUCCCAAUUGUAUAUCCUAGUGCUCAACACAAAAUUUGUUUUUGGUUUCUCUGAAAUUGAGUUAUGCAGAUUGAUAUAUACUAUAUACCCACAAAUUUACAAAGGCCAACAUGGAAAAUAAUGAAAAAAGAACAUAUUUCAUUUGGGUUCAAGCUAAA